UGAUAAAUACAGUAUUUACUAAUGAAGCCUAAUUUAUCAACCAGAGCUGUGGUUAAGAAUAAAAUAUAUUUUAUUUAUAAAUAUCAUUUUGAUAACCAAUUGCAGAUGAGCGAGCUCAGACGCCAACCAAGAGGGAGGCGGACUCAGAAGAAGCCAGCGGCAGCAGGGUCAGCAGAACAGGCUGCGGAACCGACCGAAACGUCUGUUCAGGACCAACUGGUGGCGGCGGUGACCGACAAAGUCCUGGAAGCACUCAAGAACAAUCAGAAAACCCAACAAGAGAUGGAAAAUGGUUCUAGAGGCAGGAAAAGGCACAGAGAGCAAAAGAAAAAGAGGAGAAGAAUGGCGUCACCUGACAGAUCUAAUUCCUCUUCAGGUAGAAAAAUUCAAGGAGUUGGCACCUUACAUGGACAAGUGCCCAGUCAACAUCCCUCAGGAGUACCUACGCAUUUAGUAAAAUCGACAUCAAAACUACUUGAUGCUGCAAUGUCAAAAAAUACCCAGGUGUCAUACGAGGUUGCUUUAAAUGCUUAUCAUAAAUUCUUUUGGAAAAAUUUCAGUUCAAGUCCAACAUUUCCAGCUCAGUUAAAUCACAUUAUGUCUUUUAUAGCAUGGUUAUACCAACAACAAAAAAUCCUACAAUACGAUAAAUACCUACAUUGCAGGUAUUUCAUACUAUCACAAAAUACAUGGCCUUUCUGACCCAACUCAGUUUUUUGUCAUCAAGAAGCUCCUUAAAGGAGCUCAGCAUUUAUCCAAUGCACCAGAUAUCCGUUUACCAAUAACUCCUCAUAUUCUUGUCAAGAUAGUACAUGCGCUUAAACACACAGUGUCUGGGAAAUUUAACAGACGCCUUCUGACAGCCAUGUUUACAUUCUCUGUUUCUUUGCAUUCCUGCGGGUAGGUGAAGUAACUGUGAAAUCUCAGAAGAAUUCAAAUAGAAAUCUUGUUCUACUUCAAAAUUUGUCUAUUGAUUCAGUAAGAGGGGGAACUAAAUCUAUGACAUUAACACUCAGACA